AAAAUAAAUAACUUAUACUAAGAUUUAACAGUCAACUGGGACUCUCUUGAGUUAUUAUAUAAUCGAAGCUUAAUUACAAGAAGACUAGUCAUUAUUGUUCACUCACAUUUUUGCAGUUCACAAAGCUCAGGUAACCAUUUAUCAGUUGGGUUGUAGCAUUCUGUUUUCUUGAAAUUUGGUAGCUUUUUGGGUGGUGGAUUUGAAGAAUGAGGCUCUUGAAAGAAGAAGGAGCAUCAUGCAGCACUGACCAAGCAAGACCAAUUCACCCUGCCCUUGACCUGAUUUCAGCUGUGAAAGGUCUACAUGGUCUCAGCUCUCAGGAGCUAAGCAGGCUUAUAAGAGAAGCUGAAAACAAUAUCCUUCAACACUUAACUGAAAAUGGGUUAAACAUACAGAUUGAUGUGGAAAAACUUGCAAGAUAUCUUGCUUUGCACCUUAUUGCGGUAAUUUUGGCAUCGGAAGCAAAUGCAAGCUUACUAAAAUACUUGCUAUCUGGGUUUCAACUGUUGCACUCCUUGAGUGAUCUAGCAUCACGCCAUCCAAAAAUAGAACAGAUAUUGCUUGAUGAUGUGAAAGUAUCAGAACAGCUGCUUGAUCUCGUCUUCUAUUCUCUUGUUAUUCUCUGUACUUACAGUAAGGUUUCUAAUGAUAUGGUUCUUUUGCAUUCCACACUGGUUGCUUCCAGUCUGUACUUAUUGACUGUCUGUAUGUCUUCACAAUGGCAUGAUCUUACUCUAGUUUUGCUUGGAUAUCGCAAGGUAGAUGUACUCAUGGAUGCUGCCUUUGCUGCUGUUACUGCUGAUACUAAAAUUUUGCGGAGGAGUUUAUCGGCUGAUCAUGCUCAUUCCCAGCAGGAAUAUGGUCUUAAAGCUGAAGAAACUUUAAACCAUCUCUGCCAGCAGUGUGAGGCUUCUGUACAGUUUCUUCAGUCACUAUGUCAGCAGAAAUCAUUUCGGGAGCGUCUUGUUAAGAAUAAGGAGUUGAGUAGCAAAGGCGGAGUUCUUUUGUUGGCACGAGCUGUCAUGCGCUUAGAUGUAUCUCCCGUAGUUACAGUAUCCUCCUCAAUUGUUGCAGCUGUAUCAAGACUGAAAUCUAAAGUAUUAUCUAUUUUAUUGAAUCUUUGUGAAGCAGAGAGCCUAUCUUAUUUGGAUGAAGUUGCAAGUACUCCUGCAAGCCUUAAUUUAGCAAAGUCUAUUGCUCUCGAGGUUCUUAAUUUACUGAAGAAAAUGUUUGGAAUGGAUUUCCAACAAUCUGUCGCUCCAUCUGACAAAAAUUAUCCAAAAGGACAGUUACAACUCAAUGCAAUGCGGCUAGCUGACAUCUUCUCUGACGACUCAAAUUUUCGGUCAUUCAUCACCACUCACUUUACUGAAGUUUUGACGGAAAUCUUUUCUGUCGCGCAUGGAGAGUUCCUUUCUACUUGGUGCUCAUCCGACCUUCCAAUACGUGAAGAAGAUGCUACUUUAGAAUAUGAUCCUUUUGCAGCAGCUGGAUGGGUAUUGGAUUUGUUUCCAUUUUCUGAUCAGUUAAAUGCUAUGAGCACAGAGUCAACUUUUGUUCCUUCCAAUGUACCUCGACUGUCUUAUCCACAUCAAAGAACAUCGUUGUUGGUCAAAGUAUUAGCAAAUCUACACUGUUUUGUUCCUGAUAUCUGCAAGGAGGAGAAGGAUCUUUUUCUUAACAAGUUCGUUCAGUGUUUGAGAACAAAAGUUUCCGAAACCUCAGAAGGGUUUAAAUCCAUUAUUGAUCCUCAAAAAGCAGCUACCGUUAGCCGAAACCUUGGUUCCCUGUUAAGUCAUGCAGAGUCUCUGAUACCUACUUUUCUGAAUGAGGAGGACGUGCAGCUCUUAAGGGUGUUCAUCACAGAGUUGGAAUCUCUGAUUACUCCCCGUGCAUUCGGAGAAAAUCGAGUUCAAGAGGCUCAGAAUCUGGGGGGAUGCUUGUCCCCUCAAUUCAGGGAAGUAGCCCUGGAUCUUAACAACAGAAGUGCAAACUCAAGAGAGGACAUAUUGGAUAAUUCGUCUCUGCAAAGAUUGAACCAACUGAAUUCCAGGAUCAAAGGUGAAAGUCAAUCAGCUGAGGGUGGGACAAAAGGUGAAAUGACAGAACAAGAAAAAUUUAUAGCUACAUCUAUAGCUAUCAAAGAUGUUGAGACUCAGCAUAUGGAAACUAGUGGGUCCGAUUCCAGCUCCACACGAAGUAGGCACCCGACAGAUCAAGCUGGGAAAGUUGAUCAGAUAAAUUGCAAUGGUCCUGGAGAGGUUAGAGAGGAUGAAAUGGUUGGAGCUGCACAGAAUGAAGAGAAGCAACAAAGAAAGAGAAAGAGAACUAUAAUGAACGAUAAACAGAUAUCACUUAUAGAGAAUGCCCUUGUGAAUGAACCUGAUAUGCAGCGAAAGAAAGCUUUAUUAGAAUAUUGGUCUGAAGAAUUAAGUGUUCAUGGAUCAGAGGUUACAAAGUCGCAGCUCAAGAAUUGGCUAAAUAAUAGGAAAGCGAGGCUAGCUCGUGCUGCUAAGGAUGGUCGUAUGCUGUCUGAAGGGGAUAAUCCAGACAAACAAGGUGGGUCGCUCAUGCUGCCUCCCUGUGACUCACCUGGCAGUCCUGUCGAGGAUGUUGGUGUCCUCUCUGCUGCUAGAGAAAAUGCACAGAGGGUAACUGGCCCCUCAACGAGCACUUGUUUUACAGAAAACCCAGCCGCUGUGCCUGUAGCUUCAACAGAACCAGCAAAGUGUAUGGCAGGGCAGUACGUUGCGCUUGUAAAUGAGAAUGCAGAAGAGAUUGGAAGAGGAAAGGUUUGUCAAGUCAGUGGCAAGUGGUAUCAAAGGGACCUGGAGGAGCUAGGGACGUGUGUUGUGGAUGUUAUUGAUCUCAAGGUCGAGAGGUCUGCUGAGCUUCCUUACCCAUCAGACCUGACUGGAACGUCAUUUGAUCAGGCUGAAAGAAAAUUUGGUUUCAUGCGAGUCUUGUGGCAGUCCAACAAACUAUUUGUGUUGCCUGCUCGGUGAAUCAAAAGCAGCUCAGUUCCGGUUGCAGAUUGAUAAUUCCUGAGGAAAAUUCGAGGUGCACAUGUUGGGCGGUCCUGUGAAGAUUAUGCAAGGCCUUCCAUUAUAAUUUCUGGUGCUGUCAAUGAGCAGGCUAUUUAUAGCUGAUGCCUGAACUGGAAAGCUAUCCAGUUCUCUGAAAUCUUGUUGGAACAGCCAGAUUUCUCGGGAUAGUCCCCGCCCAACCAUGCAUGGUGCACGCCUUGAUCUUCUGCAGAAAGCAUGCCCAGAUUCUGAAAGACAAGUCUCAGUCAUUUGCUCCCUGUACAUUGUGGAGGUUUAGGAUGUACAAGAUUACUUUUCUCAUGCAACAUCCUGUAUAACGUACGAAAGUAAAUUUGAAAAAUGAGAUAUGAUUGGUCACAUAAUUUGACCUUACAAAACAGUGUUUAUUUGUUUCUUUUCUCUAGUUUGAAUUGCUUAUCAAUGUGAAGUUUACUGUUGGUCAGUUGUACCAAGCACUGCAAUGCACUGUAUAUUGUUCAGGCAGUUGAUGCUUUCUUAUUGAUUGAAACCCAAAUAUUUGAA